GUCUCGGCGCGGAAGAUGGCCGGCGGCGUGGACGGCCCCAUCGGGAUCCCGUUCCCCGACCACAGCAGUGACAUCCUGAGCGGGCUGAACGAGCAGCGGACGCAGGGGCUGCUGUGCGACGUGGUGAUCCUGGUGGAGGGCCGCGAGUUCCCCACGCACCGCUCGGUGCUGGCUGCCUGCAGCCAGUACUUCAAGAAGCUGUUCACGUCGGGCGCCGUGGUGGACCAGCAGAACGUGUACGAGAUCGACUUCGUGAGCGCCGAAGCGCUCACCGCGCUCAUGGACUUCGCCUACACCGCCACGCUGACGGUGAGCACGGCCAACGUGGGCGACAUCCUCAGCGCCGCACGCCUGCUUGAGAUCCCGGCCGUGAGCCACGUGUGCGCCGACCUCCUGGACCGGCAGAUCCUAGCGGCUGACGCAGGGGGCGACGCAGGCCAGCUCGACCUCGUGGACCAGGUGGACCAGCGCAACCUGCUGCGCGCCAAGGAGUACCUGGAGUUCUUCCAGAGCAACCCUAUGAACAGCCUGCCUGCCGCCGCCGCCGCCAACUUCCCAUGGUCUGCCUUCGGGGCGUCCGAUGAUGACCUAGAUGCCACCAAAGAGGCCGUGGCGGCUGCUGUGGCUGCUGUGGCCGCGGGAGAUUGCAAUGGCUUGGACUUCUAUGGGCCAGGCCCCCCGGCCGAUCGGCCCCCAGCGGGUGAUGGCGAUGAAGGCGACAGCAACCCGGGUCUGUGGCCAGAGCAGGAUGAGGAUGCUCCGGCCACUGCCACUGCAGGCGGCCUCUUCCAGCCACCUGUGGCCCCGCCGGCUGCCACGCAGAACGGCCACUACGGCCGCGCCGGCGAAGAGGAGGCGGCUUCGCUCUCAGAGGCGGCGCCUGAGCCUGGGGACUCACCGGGUUUCCUGUCAGGCACCGCGGAGGGCGAGGACGGGGAUGCUGGUGAUGUGGACGGACUGGCGGCCAGCACGCUGCUGCAGCAGAUGAUGUCGUCGGUGGGCCGGGCGGGGGCCUUGGCGGGCGGGGACAGUGACGAGGAGUCGCGGGCUGACGACAAGGGCGUCAUGGACUACUAUCUGAAGUACUUCAGCGGCGCCCACGAGGGUGACGUGUACCCAGCGUGGUCGCAGAAGGGUGAGAAGAAGAUCCGAGCCAAGGCCUUCCAGAAGUGCCCCAUCUGUGAGAAGGUCAUCCAGGGCGCUGGCAAGCUGCCGCGCCACAUCCGCACGCACACCGGCGAGAAGCCCUACGAGUGUAACAUCUGCAAGGUCCGCUUCACCAGGCAGGACAAGCUGAAGGUGCACAUGCGGAAGCACACGGGCGAGAAGCCCUACCUGUGCCAGCAGUGCGGCGCCGCCUUCGCGCACAACUACGACCUGAAGAACCACAUGCGCGUGCACACCGGCCUGAGGCCCUACCAGUGCGACAGCUGCUGCAAGACCUUCGUGCGCUCCGACCACCUGCACAGGCACCUCAAGAAGGACGGUUGCAACGGGGUCCCUUCCCGCCGAGGCCGCAAGCCCCGUGUCCGGGGAGGGGCCCCCGACCCCACGGUGGGACCCGGCGUGCCGCCCCCAGGCGCCCCCACCUCCGCGCCCCCUGGCUCCCCCGAUGUCGCCGCCACCGCCGCCGCCGCCGCCACUGCCCGGCGCAACGGCCAGGAGAAGCACUUUAAGGACCAAGAGGAGGACGAGGAGGCCACCAGCCCCGACGGCUCCUCGGGCCGCUUGAAUGUAGCGGGCACCGCUGGUGGAGAUGACAGCGGAGGUGGCCCCGGGGCCACCGCCGACGGUAACUUCACAGCCGGACUCGCCUAAAAACCAAAAACAGAAACCCGAGACAGACAGAGAGAGAACGAGAGAGCGAGAGAGAGCUAACCACCCACCCCCCA